CGCCCGGCCCUGCUCUCAACGGCGCGCCCGAGGACCCUGUGUCUGUGUCUUGCUUCAACAGUGUUUGGACGGAACAGACCCGGGGACUUCCUCCUUUUCCUUUUUUUUCCCCCCUCAAAAAAUUUCCAACUGCCUUCCAGUCUCUCCAGUCACCACCCCCGGGACCAUUUCCUCGCCGCCUGCGCCUUCCAGGACCAUCCAGAACCUUCUAACUUCUUACUGCCGGACCAGCCAUGACCUCCCAGAUUCGUCAGAAUUAUUCCACUGAGGUGGAGGCUGCCGUCAACCGCCUGGUCAACUUGCACCUGCGGGCCUCCUACACCUACCUCUCUCUGGGCUACUAUUUCGACCGGGACGAUGUGGCUCUGCCCGGCGUGGGCCACUUCUUCCGAGAGUUGGCCGAGGAGAAGCGCGAGGGCGCGGAGCGUCUGCUCAAGAUGCAAAACCAGCGCGGCGGCCGGGCGCUCUUCCAGGAUGUGCAGAAGCCUUCUCAAGAUGAGUGGGGAAAAACUCAGGAGGCCAUGGAAGCCGCCUUGGCACUGGAGAAGAACCUGAAUCAGGCUCUUUUGGAUCUUCAUGCGCUGGGUUCUACCCGCACAGACCCCCAUCUCUGUGACUUCCUGGAGAACCACUUCUUGGAUGAGGAGGUGAAGCUCAUCAAGAAGAUGGGCGAUCACCUGACCAAUCUGCGCAGGCUGGCGAGCCCUCAGCCAAAUCUGGGCGAGUAUCUCUUCGAGCGGCUCACCCUGAAGCACGACUAGAUACUGCACAGCCUUCCAGGGAUUCUUGCUCUGCCUUAACCUCCCUCAGGACCUCCUCCAUCCCAGCCUCUCCAGCCACUAGGCAGCUUUGUAACGCCCAGAUCCCCUGUCAAGUCUUGGACCAAAUGAAAUAAAAGUUUUGUGCAGCAACUUA